UAAUUUUUCACAAAAUAACUACUAUUUUUAUACAUUUAAAAGUUGCAAAAUCUGUUAAAUUAAAUUGAAGAAAUAUAUUGAAAUCUGAAGUGACAUGAUGUACCUAUAUAUUACCCAUGAUAAACUAUAAACUUUAAAUCGAUUUCACGCACAGAGUAUAAAUAGAUUGUAAUUUACACAAACUGUAAUUUACACAGUGGCAUCGCCAUAAAAUAUACACGAAAUCCGAAACGCCGCGCCGUUCGGAAAUAAACCAAAAUGCCGGCGAUAUUGACGAAGAUUCGCGAGCAAGCAUCUCGCGUACAGCCCACGACGACGAUAGCUCUGGGAGUGGGCGUGGGCGUGGCCUUAGCCGCGUGCGCUGUGUACGGUACCAGGGAGAAGAAGCAAGCACCCCCUUGUCAUAACAACAAUAACUAUAAGGUAGCGAAAAAUGGUCAGCUUCAAACAGUAGCUAAUGGAGGCGAAGUGCAGAGCUGCGGGGGGAGUUGCGGGGCGGAGCAAUGCGCGCUCUGCCGGGGGGACGCGGACACGGACAACAAACAGAAUAUUGAAGAUGCCGACGAAACGCAGUCAAUAGAACCGGAACAUGUGCCUGGCCUCAAUUUGGAGUUCCUCAGGCAGCUGGUCAGCCUGGCGAGGAUCAUGGUGCCGGGGUUCCGUAGCCACGAAGUAGCGCUUCUCGCCGCACACACAGUCUGUCUGUUCACCAGGACCUUCCUGUCGAUAUAUGUCGCGACCUUGGAAGGUUCAAUAGUAAAACACAUAGUCCAAAAAGAUCUCGGCGCGUUUUCCGCACUGCUCAUGCAGUGGUUCGGCAUAGCGGUCCCGGCCACCUUCAUCAACUCCAUGAUCAGGUAUCUGGAGAGCAGGCUGGCCCUUGCCUUCAGGACGCGGCUGGUCAACCACGCGUACGAGCUUUACUUCAAGAACCAGACGUAUUACAAAGUUGCCAACCUCGACGCGAGGAUAGAAAACGCUGAUCAUAGGCUCACAGAAGACGUUUCAGUAUUCACACAGUCAGUAGCCCAUCUGUACAGUUCACUCACGAAGCCUUGCUUCGAUCUGCUACUCAUAGUACUCACUCUGGCGAGCUAUUCCAGUAAAAUGAAGGGGAAUAUUUUCAUUGGCCCCGGCAUCGCGACGGUGGUGAUCUGCUUCACGGGGCAGUUGUUGCGGCUGCUGAGCCCGCGCUUCGGCGCGCUGGCGGGCGAGGAGGCGCGCAUGAAGGCCAACCUGCGCCACGUGCACUCGCGCCUCAUCGCGCACGCGGAGGAGGUGGCCUUCUACGGCGGGCACCAGGUGGAGCUGGGCCAGCUGCAGGCGGCGUACCGGCAGCUGGUGGCGCAGAUGACGUCGGUGUUCAACAAGAAGCUGUGGUACGUGAUGCUGGAGCAGUUCUGCAUGAAGUACGUGUGGUCGGGCACCGGCAUGGUCAUGCUGGCGCUGCCCAUCCUCACCGGCACGCGCGCUGACGGUAAAUCGAAUGAGAGCAUCAGCGCAAGGACUGAAUACAUGACGACGUCGCGGAACCUGCUCAACUCGGCAGCAGAUGCCAUUGAGAGGCUCAUGUCUAGUUAUAAGGAGGUGGUGACGCUGGCCGGCUACGCCACGCGCGUGUCCGACAUGCUGGUGGUGUUCGGCGAGGUGGCGCGCGGCCGCUGCGUGCGCGCCGUGCACGUCGCCGCGCCCGCCGCCGGCUUCCAGGUCACCUUCCGCGACAAGCAGCCCGUGCCGCAGGGUAAAAUUUCUUACACAACAGACCUGUCGAUCCGUCUCAAAAAUGUUCCGAUAGUGACUCCCGCGUGCGACGUGGUGGCCAGCGGGGUGUCCAUCGAGCUAAAGCCCGGCACGCACCUUCUGAUCGUCGGGCCCAAUGGAUGUGGGAAGUCCAGCUUGUUCCGCAUAAUCUCCGGGCUGUGGCCGGUGUUCGGCGGCGAGCUGAGCGUGCCGAAGCCGUGCGAGUGCGCGCACUGCGCCGCCGAGCCGGGCGCGCCGCCGCACUGCCUCGCGCGCCCCGUCAUGUUCUACAUACCGCAGAGGCCAUACAUGUCAAUGGGCUCCCUCAUAGACCAGAUCACGUAUCCGUCCCGCGUGUCGGACGACGACGCGGCGGCGGAGGCCCGGGCCAUGCACAUCCUGCGCGUGGUGAGGCUCGACGCAUGCGCGGCGCGCCACGGGGGGCUCCGAGCUGUCUGCGAUUGGAGGAGCACUUUGUCCGGAGGCGAGAAGCAGAGAAUGGCGUGCGCUAGAAUGUUCUAUCACAGACCGGUGUACGCGCUUCUGGACGAGUGUACGAGCGCCGUGUCGCUGGAGACCGAAGUGGUGAUGUACGAGGAGGCUAUCAAGGAAGGCAUCACGCUGCUGUCCAUUACCCACCGUCCGAGCGUUUGGAGAUACCACACCCACGUGCUGGAGUUCGACGGCGCGGGGAGUUGGUCCUUCCGGCCGCUGGAGAAAGACGCGCCCGCCGUCACGCCCUCGCUGCCCCGCAUCGCCGAGGCGCCCGAGACCCUCGACAGGGAGCCCACCAUCGAGUGACGCGCCGCCCGCGGACACCGGCCGGCAACCAGCGCGGGGCCUGCGACGACCGGCCGUGUGCUGAACCAGACCGUGGCCCCACCACGCGUAGCUUACACUUCUGUCGAAAAUAGCACGGAUGGCAUGGGCUGGAGACAUUCUACUUUCCCGGGAAAGGAUCUAAUGUUAUUUUCUCCCACAGCUUUAUCAACUCUCCGAGCGUUAGCGCAUAAGUGGAAACAAUAUCCAAAUAAUAAAUGGGGCUAAACUUAUCCGGUUCCUUGUUGCCGUGCUUUGGCAGGUGGAUGCGUUUAUUUUAUCCCCGGAUAUAAUCGGGGGAUAUAUUGUAUGUCUCCUGUUCAUGCCGUGCUGACCCAGUUAAGGUAAUCCAGACGAACUAAUGGUACUGGGGAGCCUUUUGUUUUGAAGGUCAUAUGUGUCUGUGAUUUGUGAAGACUACAGACGGGGCGAUUGGUGAUUAGGAUGGUCUCUAAAUCUUUAAGAGUGUCGAGGGGAGGCUCCGUGCCCAGGUUGAGAUUUCAAGGGCCAAAUUCUUCUUCUUGCCCUUGUCCACUUUAGGUGGAAUCGGCACAACAUGUUUUCUUCAAUUUUGAAGACGUAACUAGUUUUUUUUUGCUAAGGGGCCAAAAUUCAUGUGGUAAAUUAACCGUGUUUCUGGAUCGAAGCAAUCGAGGACGUGGCUAGGUUAGGUUAUCAAUUAAUCAGUACUGAUGAAUGUUCCUGAUACGGGACACAUCUUGAAUAAUGGAAAUGUUUGUUGUACUAUUGUAACAACAGCCGCUAGUACCAGCUAUUAUUUACUGCAAUUAGUUUCCCAAUACCAACGAAAUCAGAACUGCGACCUGAUUUUUUAUGACACAAGAACCGUAUAACUUUUACCACCUCGACAUCAUCAUCAUCAUUCCAUGAAACCAUUACCCAAGCCCACUACAGAGCACGGGUUUCCUCCCACAAUGGGAACGGGUUGAGGCCGGAACACACCACGGCAACACACCUUUGAGAACAUUAUGUAGAACUCUCAGGCAUGCCGGUUUUCUCACGAUGUUUUCCUUCACCUUCGAAGCAAGUGAUAUUUUAUUCACUUAAAACGCAACGAACUUAGAAAAGUUAUAAUAAACUGAUCGAUGCUCGACAUACACAUUUAGGCACAGAUGUUUCAGGUCUCAUUCAAUAUAAUAAUAAUAAGAAACUUUCCUCUGUUCUCAAUAAAGAAACAUACAUUUUCGAUAACAUAAUGUGUUAUUUAUUUAUAGCUCUUAAAGAUAUGUUUAAUAUCCAUCCAUUUAAACAUUCUCAUUUUAGGGCAGUAAUUAGAGUAAAGUUAAAAAAAAUCUCUAACGAGCUAUAAUUAAAUUUUGGGGACAACAUAUUACGUGAGUGCGGUACAGUUUCUAUGUCAUAAAAAUUCGGGGUCCAGCGAAAAUUAAACUGAGAUGAGCUGAGAGAUUUUGUAAAGAUGAGAUUUUUCGAAAAGGUCACCUUUUAGGGUGAUGACAAUCCGAUCCAAAGCUACGUAAGUUUAGCAUAAAAUGGAUAUAAAACCUAGGCAGUCUAUAAAUAGACUGAUUUUUAGGUCGUUCAGUCAAACGUAUAUCGAGGUAUACCAGUUUUUAGUGUAAUUUUAGUACAUUUAAGGUUUUUUAUAUUUUAUUUUACCUUUAAUCUAAAUGUUACCUUAGUAAUAUUUUUUGAUGUGAUAAAACAAAGAACGUUUAAAUAGGCGAUGUAAGUUGAGGUAACUUUGCUGUUUGAUGUCACUUUGUCAACAGACAAGCGUAAAAUGGUUCGUUUUUUAUAUU